AUGACUAUAAUAACGACGUCAAGGAGUAUUGGUUAUGCACUGUUACUUACGGUCUAUUCUGCUCCGUAUCUGGCAAUCUGCACCUUACGCCAAUUGGCCGAGGACGGAGAGCAUCGCUACCCGAAAGGAGCCACCAUCCUGCGGAGCGACAUCUACAUGGACGACAUUUUGUCCGGUGCUGAGAACAUGGAGAAAGCAGAAGCCAUGCUGCGACAGCUGACUAAUAUCUGCAAGGCGGGCGGCUUCUCGCUCAAGAAGUGGUCAGCAAACCACUCACAACUGUUGAAUCACGUGGGACCCGACGACCGCCUUCAACAAGAGGCCAGAUGUACUCUCUUGCUGACAGCCAAACUGUUUGACCCGCUCGGCUGGCUGUCCCCAGCUACAGUGCUGGCAAAAAUCUUUAUUCAAUCUACCUGGCUGCUAGGCCUCAACUGGGACACGCCGCUGCCAACGGACGAGGCGAGGAAAUGGCUGCGAUUCCAGAGCGAGCUACCUGCGCUGGAAAACCUGUUCGUGCCUUGUUGGCUAGAAUGCUUGGCUGACUCACAGCUAGAGAUCCACGGGUUCGCCGAUACCUUCGUGCGUGCCUACUCAGCUGUCAUCUACCUGAAAACGCAAACAAACGAUAUAACAAGGAUGACUCUUUUAACUGCAAAGACCAAGGUCGCGCCCUUGAAGCAAGUCUUCUCACCUCGGUUGGAGUUGUCUGCCGUCACUCUUCUCGCUCGACUGGUCGCCCACGCCAUACCUAUCAUUGGCGCAGAGAAGGCGCCUUUUUAUCUGUAG